CGACGGUUUUACAAUGGGAAAUCGCAUUUGCAGCAUGCAGCAGGAGGAUGAUGUCAGGUGUCCAGAAGUGUUUGUGUGAAGGCUGAAGAGCUCCAUGGAUAAGUCUGUCUACUCCAACACACAACCACCUGAUGCAAUGUAUCAUCCUGAUCCACAGCCCAGGCCAUCCAGAGCAGGCUCUCCAGUGCCCAGCUGUGUCUCCAUGAGGAGUGACAGAUCCAAAGGGGAUGGUCCUAAUUUCAGCUGUGGACCUCCAGAAUCUUCUCAAAAGCCUCGGCCAUCCAGAGCAGGCUCUCCAGUGCCCAGCUGUGUCUCCAUGAGGAGUGACAGAUCCAAAGGGGAUGGUCCUAAUUUCAGCUGUAGACCUCCAGAAUCUUCUCAAAAGCCCAGGCCAUCCAGAGCAGGCUCUCCAGUGCCCAGCUGUGUCUCCAUGAGGAGUGACAGAUCCAAAGGGGAUGGUCCGAAUUUCAGCUGUGGACCUCCAGACUCUUUUAUAAAGCCCAGACCAUCCAGAGCAGGCUCUCCAGUGCCCAGCUGUGUCUCCAUCAAGAGUGACAGAUCCAAAGGGGAUGGUCCGAAUUUCAGCUGUGGACCUCCAGAAUUUUGUCCAAAGUAA